UCCGUGUUUACCCGCGUUGCAUGUCGGGGCGGUCUCCUUAGGCAACGGAGGCCUUCGCGCUGCCCCGUGGCGAUGCCGCGAGGGCGCGGUGGCGGUGGUGGGCGCCAGGUCCCCGCCGCGUCCGCGCCCUUGGCGAGCCCCAGCUACUACGAAAGGGUGGGCCAGCUCCAGCAGGCGCUGCGGGAAAGUGAAAAGAAGAGAUUCGACCUGGAAGACAAGCUUUAUGAAUACAAUAAGUCUGAUAAGUUCAGAGCUAAGCUGAAAUGUGCAAGACUCAAGAAAUACCUGAAGGAAAUCUGUGAAUCUGAAAGGAGGGCUCAUCUCCGAAACCAAGGAUAUUUAAAGAAGUUCGAGUGUGUCCAGACUUAUGUUGAACAAUUGACCACAAAUUCAGAGAAGCUUCAGAAACUGAAGACUGAAUAUGAGGCCGGGAUGAAGAAGAUGCACCUGCUGUUGAAAGACAGCCUGGGGACGGAAGGGGAAGCCAGAGAAAAGGGUGCAGUACAGGCAAAAAUUAACUCAGGGACAGCCAUGUCAAGAGGAUUGUAUCAACCAGCAACAAUCUUUAUGGGCUGCCAGAUGUCAGCCGUCUCAAGCAUGGACGAUUUCAGUACAGAGCAGAAAUCUAAGCAACCCACAAAGAACUUUUCAAUUCCUGACCCACAUUCACACCAACAGACAGCCCAGAGCAGCUGUGUGACAGACAGCUGUGUAGUACAAACUAAUAGUGACACACAGUGCUUAAAUAAGUCUGACAAAAUAGAUGGAACGACAUCUCUUCAGAUUGGUGAGAAAACGCCAGUCACAAGCUGUGCAUUGUCUGAGGAAGAACAAACUCAUUGCUUAGAGCCAGGGAGCAGCACAUGUCCCAGCAAGGGUAAUUUAUCUGAAGGCAAGAAGUCUGCUGAGCUCCAUGCCUCGGUACAGGAAAGAUUAAGUCCAGAGAACAGAACCACUGAUUUAAAGUGUGACAGUUCCAGCAGAUCAGAGGGAUCAAAUGGAGAAAUACUGACACAAGAACAUAUUGAAGUCGGGGAAGAAAGAGCUAGCCCGCUGGGCCCCACGCUAUCAGUUUCAGAACACCGUGCAUCUGCAAAUAAGUGGGCUGGAGAGAAGCACUCUGCUUGGGAUGGUUUCUCAGAUGAUCUUGCUCAUGAGGACCCAAAGUCACAAAAGGCCUUUCUGAAACUGCAGGAAGAGCAGGAGGAGGGAAGUUCAUGCAGCAGCAGCGAUCUCACUGUUUCUAUAAGUGAAGAUGAUCUGAUUUUGGACACUCUGGAGUCACUGCUAAAUCCAGGAGCCAAGCUGGAGGGUGAAGAUAGAAGGCAGGCCUCACGAUCAGUCUACACCGAGCAGCAAAGAGAUCCACUCUUCACUGGUUACAUUUUGCAGACUGAAAGCCCUCCUGAUUCAAAAGGGAAGUCCUCCCCAGAUUCACCAAGACAAUCUGAACAAGUACCAAAUUGGCACUUACUGAAGACACAAGGACAAUGUAUGAAGGAACAUGAUAAUUCUCUUAAAGAAGAGGCCACAGCAUUAUUGAAAAAAGUCCUUACAGAAGAAUGUGACCACAGGUCAGCUGUUCACAGCAAUGAAUCGUCUUGCAGCAUGCCAUCUAUUCUGAAUGACAAUAAUGGAAUAAAGGAAGCAAAGCCCGCUCUGCGGCUCAACAGUGUUCUUACAAGGGAACAAGAAGUUUCGAGUGUCUGUGGAGAUGAGAGUAAGGAAGAAAGCAUAGCUGCAACCCCAGCCACAGGACACAGAGAAGCAGAUAUAGUACCCUCAGAGCUAUUUCAGUUCAGCUUGGGAGCAGCCAUGAAAGAGACAAAAGCCUACCAGUUACUGAAGAAGUCUACCCUUCAGGAUAAUUCGAAUCAAACUGAAGAGAGAUUUGAAAGUCAAUUUUCAAGUUUGGAUAUUGGCAGCAGCACAUUCAAGACAAAGACAGCCCACAAAAUCGCUUUGGAAGCUAGUUUUUCAUCUAGUGAAGGAAGUCCUUUGUCAAGGCAUGAAAGCAAAAGGGACCCAGUGACCACUAUAAAGUCAAAUGCCUUCUGGGGGGAGUCUGAUGACAGCAACUCUGACAUCGAAGCUGCUCUUCGUCCUAGAGACCAUAACGUGUCUGAUGACUUUGAUGAUUUUUAUGACACGUAAGCUGUUACAUGCCGGAAAUAAAGUCUUUAAACAAACUGUAGCUGUGGGUUUAUGUGCAAUUCCCAACAUAAAAAUAUCCUUCUAAGUUUGAUAGUUGUUAAAGGGGAAAACUGAGACUAUUCAAGUGAGGUUGCAUGACAGA